AGUUGAAACAUUUGUGCGAAUACGAAUAAAAAUAUUGUGAAUUAUUGUAAAAAAUAAAUAAUUUUAACUGAAAACAAGUAUAUUAUUAUACUAACUAUGUUACGACUUUGCUAUCGUAAUGUUGUAUCACAACGGCAAACAAUAUCCUCGUUAUCAGACUACAAAGAAAUAGCGUCCGGCGUAAAAUGUGUUACUGCAGUUCAAAAAAUGAUUGGAAGACAUUAUUCAAAGAAAUUAAACGAAGAUAACAAAUUAGAACGAAUAUACUAUGGACCGUUAACUCCACAAAUUAAGGCUGUUAAGAUAUUUUCACUGUCUUCUAGCGCGGCUGGUCUGGUGGCACAACCAAUAAUUUUACGAGAAGCGUCUACUAUCGGGAGUACUUCUCUUCUAAUAGCAAUUUGUUCUGUCGUGGGCUUCUUUACAUUUGUGACUCCAUUAUUAUUGCAUAUCAUUACCAAAAAAUAUGUGACGGAGGUAUACUAUAACCCAGAAACAAAGAGUUAUACAGCAGUGACACUCAAUUUCUUUCUCGUUCCAAAGAAGCUGGAGUUCAAAGCAGAGGAUGUCAUAGUCCCUGAUAUUCCGGGAAUGUUCACAACAAUGCAAGCAAAAGGAACAUCCCUGUUCAUUGAGGCCAGACAUUUCAAUGACCCGAUGCAAUAUGCCAAAAUAAUGGGCUAUGAUAAACCUUUGGACUUCAAACUUGGCAAUUUGGAGGAAUCUGAAAGCAGUAAUAAGUAGUUGGUAAAGUGAUUGUUGAUUGUAUAGUUAGUUAAUUAAAUGUUAUUCAAAAAUA